AUGUGUGACCAGCAGAAGCAGGUGCAGUUCCCUCCAUCUUGUGUGAAAGGUUCGGGAUUGGGGGCUGCGCAAGGUUCCCAAGUUACCACUGUGAAAUGCGCAGCUCCAUGCGCAACCCAAACCUGCGUGAAAUGCCCAGCUCCAUGCGCAACUCAAACCUGCGUGAAAUGCCCAGCUCCAUGCCAGACAACCUAUGUGAAAUGUGCAACUCCCUGCCAGACGUAUGUGAAGUGCCCAGCUCCGUGCCAGACGACCUAUGUAAAAUGCCCAACUCCCUGCCAGACGUACGUGAAGUGCCCAGCUCCGUGCCAGACGACCUACGUGCAAUACCCAACUGCCUACCCGACCCAGACAUACUAUGUCCAGUACCCUUCUUCUUCCCAGAGCUACUACUACCUUCAGUCUUCUGCAGGUGGCUCGGGCGCCCAGUGCUGUGUCCCUGAUCCAUGCUCUGCUCCCUGUUCCACCAGCUACUGCUGCCUGGCUCCCCGGACCUUCGGGGUGAGUCCCCUGAGACGCUGGGUCCAACGGCCUCAGAACUGCAACUCAGGAUCAUCUGGCUGCUGUGAGGAUUCUGGGUGCUGUAGCUCCGGGUGCUGCAGCUCUGGGUGCUGCAGCUCUGGGUGCUGCAGCUCUGGGUGCUGCUCUGGGAUCUGCUGUUUGGGGAUUAUUCCCAUGAGGUCUGAAGGUCCCGCUUGCUGUCAUCGCGAGGAUGACUGCUGCUGCUGAAUACAUAAACACAGCUCUAGCUCUCCUCCCAAAUUCAACGCCUGCUCUACCUUCUGGACCCUCACCGGCCCCUGCCUGCUCUCUGUCUUCCCAGUGAUGUAGAAUCUCAUCGCUUCACCU